CUCCCCGGGGGGCCGAUACUUCCAUGACUGACAGGCCGUCCCAGGCGCUGUUACGUAAGGGGAGGGUCAAGUGCAGUCCCACCCAAACCGGGGUGAUUUGAUUUGCAGGACCGAGUGUGGUCUUCCCAACGCCCCCGGAAGAACGUCUUUGACGGGCAGGUAAAGUGAAUGCCGAAGACAGAAGAUUUGGAUGAUACACCACUGACUUUCUUUGUUUGGAAUACACGUUAUGAACCCUUUCUGGAGCAUGUCUACAAGCUCUGUACGCAAACGAUCUGAAGGUGAAGAGAAGACAUUAACAGGGGACGUGAAAACCAGUCCUCCACGAACUGCACCAAAGAAACAGCUGCCUUCUAUUCCCAAAAAUGCUUUGCCCAUAACUAAGCCUACAUCUCCUGCCCCAGCAGCACAGUCAACAAAUGGCACGCAUGCGUCCUAUGGACCCUUCUACCUGGAAUACUCUCUUCUUGCAGAAUUUACCUUGGUUGUGAAGCAGAAGCUACCAGGCGUCUAUGUGCAGCCAUCUUAUCGCUCUGCAUUAAUGUGGUUUGGAGUAAUAUUCAUACGGCAUGGACUUUACCAAGAUGGCGUAUUUAAGUUUACAGUUUACAUCCCUGAUAACUAUCCAGAUGGUGACUGUCCACGCUUGGUGUUUGAUAUUCCUGUCUUUCACCCGCUAGUGGAUCCCACCUCAGGCGAGCUGGAUGUGAAGAGAGCAUUUGCAAAAUGGAGGCGGAACCAUAAUCAUAUUUGGCAGGUAUUAAUGUAUGCAAGGAGAGUUUUCUACAAGAUUGAUACAGCAAGCCCCCUGAACCCAGAGGCUGCAGUACUGUAUGAAAAAGAUAUUCAGCUUUUUAAAAGUAAAGUUGUUGACAGUGUUAAGGUGUGCACUGCUCGUUUGUUUGACCAACCUAAAAUAGAAGACCCCUAUGCAAUUAGCUUUUCUCCAUGGAAUCCUUCUGUACAUGAUGAAGCCAGAGAAAAGAUGCUGACUCAGAAAAAGAAGCCUGAAGAACAGCACAAUAAAAGUGUUCAUGUUGCUGGCCUGUCAUGGGUAAAGCCUGGCUCAGUACAGCCUUUCAGUAAAGAAGAGAAAACAGUGGCGACUUAAGAGAUGGUGAAUCUGGUGCACCAUGCACUUUCCUGCUGGACUCUGGCCUAGUUCAAGCUGACCAAUGGCAGAGGACUGCCUGAAGAGUAAAACUGUGUGAACAAUGACUGACUGCCAGUGUUUUCCAUGUAUGCAUAGGUUCUAACAGCAGGGUUUGGAAACCUGUCUCUAAGUAAUGCAUUACUUCUGUCAGAAGUGUCUUAGGGUGGUUAUCUAGUUCAGUACUCCAAAUUAUUGGGGACCUUGAGGCUUAAGUAAGUAUUUUUCUGAAUAUAAUGCUAAAGGUAAGUUGCAUUCAUUUAAACUAAUAGAGCAGACAGAAUUCAGCACUACUUAAUAGUUUAUAAAUCAGUGGUUUCAGUUGUAUAUAUGUUAGGAAAUGGAGAGGUAUAGAGAGAGCAGGUUCCAUAGCUCAGCACUUUUAAGUGGAAGAUCAUUUGAAUCUCUCUCAGUCUUCAGCCUGCACUGAUUUGUAGCCUGCACUGUCUUACUGAUUUACAAACUGAAAUCACUGAGAAAUGUCUUUAGUUCAGUGAGAAGAAACCAGAACACUUGUUCCUAGUGUUGUGUUUUUUUUUAAGCAAAUUACUUACUGUAUUUUUAUGGCAGGAGGGAGAAAAAGUGUUACAACGGUUUCUAAUGAAGUCCGGUAUUUAAAUGAUAAAUGACUAAUGUGUUUAGUAGAGACAAAAUAAACCAAUAAAUGAUUGUUCUUUGCCAUUUA